AUGCAACGACUCCAUCGAUGCCUCCCCCACAUCCUUCGACCCACAAAUACGCGUUCAUAUGCAACCAAACCUUCUUUGCUCUCGCACUCUCUGGACCAGAAUAAUCAUCCCAAUGACAAGGGAACAUUCCAACUUGGCUUCGGAGUAGGUCAGACCACAGUCAACCGCAAUGAGCGCGUUCCACAGUGGAAGGAACUGUCUACAGCCGGCAAAGUCAACCGAACUGCUGCAAGAACUAGCAAUCUCGGUGUCAUCGUACUUGGCGCCGGUCUCACAGCAAUUCUGCUGUACUCGUUGGGAUCCGACCUUUUCUCGCCCAAUUCGCCCUCUGUUCUCUACGAGGACGCGUGUAAACGAAUUUUAGCCUCAUCCAAGCUAGCUCGUUUCCUCGAUGGAACCCCGCGUUUUCAUCUAGACCCACCAGCAGUUGCCCGACCCAGACAUCGCAAUCGACACGUCUCUUCAACCCUGAGAGUGGACGCGUCAGGACGAGAACAUCUAUUCCUCAAUUUCUACCUCCAAAGUCACCCCCAAUCACCCUCUUUCCUCGAGUCUACGCAGACCUGGACUCAAGACAAGUUCCAUCUGUUAACUGAACUGUCCUGGGAUGAGGUACUUGAUCGGAGUAGGCAAUCCGCUUUGGCUGCAUGGAAUAGAGCCAAGGCUGCCGCAAGAUAUCUGAGUGGGACGCCAUCGCCACCCCCACCUGAUGCUGGACCCACCGACACCAAAAAGGAAGCAGCGCCGACACCGGUGCGGAGCGGAUUUAUGGACCUAUUCUCUUCAUUACGGAGACCGAGAGGCACAGUUACGGAAGCAAAGGCACAGAUUGAAGCCCACGGUCAGUUCAAUGAGGGGGAGGUUCAUGUUGCCUUUGUCAGAAACAUGAAUGGGGACUUUGUACUGCGGUAUAUCAUUGUGGAAUUGCCCAACUCAAAAAGCAAGGACGCCGUUCGGGUAUUUGUUGAGAGGGCACCUGGCGUUCGCGACACGGAACCCGUUCUGCAAUGGUCACCCUCGCAGCAUUAA